AACAGCAAAAAAUCCUAGGAGGGGGGAUCAGAAAAAUGCAAAUUUUUUUCGCAAACUCCUAGUGCAAAUUUGUUUUGAUAAAAUUUCAUCAUUUGGACCCAGCAUCACCCUCCAUGAGUUUCAUCUGGGUCCCACACUCGGAAGUCGAGAUUCAGCAUACUGAAAAAUCCUGGAUACGUCACUGGCAUCAUGAUGUAAGCAAGUUCACGAAUUUUUUUCUUGUUUCUAUAUUUCUUUUUCUUCUAUUUUCGCUAAUUUUUCUAUACUCUAUUAUAUACAAACGGCAAGACAUUAGAGGAGAUGAGAAAAGUAAAGAGAAUAUAUAAUCUAAUCAAAAAGUAACACACAGGUUAAAAAGAUUUACAACUAUACUCUAAAAUUUUAUAAAAAUUCAAACACCUAAGCUAUUGAAAUACGGGUGACGGAGCCAUUGAGGCUCAGUUUCAAUCAAUUUUGAACUUGAUACUCUACGACAAUACAUUGUUUUCACGCCUCUUAUGCACUUGUGGUCAGUACUGUCCUUGUAAAGACAGACAGAAAUAUUUCAUCAGUAUAAUUGGUCCUUGUAAUAGUAUCUAACGGCAUUUUUUAUCCCGGAUACCGCGUAAAGAUCAUUUUUCAUGAUGCACCGCAUGAAGACCUGUGGCCGAUCGAUAAUGACACAAACUCGCGUGAAUAGUGCAUUUCUGAUUUGUAUUUACAAGGAAAAGAUGAAUUCUAUUGACUUGAACAGUAUUUUGUUCUACGUUUGCAUUCAGAAACGCAUAAAGAAGACUGUUCUUUGGUAUUUGUUAAUCAUAUCUAUUUUUUAUCUGUUUAUUCUGUUGAUUUACUGAAUUUAAUAAAAGAGUUUAGCUCGAUGCUUUAAUGAAAGUUUGAUCGUCGAAAUUCGACGGGUGAGAAAAAGAAAACACUAUGAGCCUCACCUAGAUUCAAGAAGCUCCAUCGCCCAUGUAUUGAAAUGAAAGUAUUUCAUUGUAAGUUUAACUGAAAUACUAGUUAUUCGACAGAUGAACAUGAAGAUAAUUGUCUGAUCAUCUUUAAAUGGCUCUGUUGUAUAUAUUAAAUGAUCAAAUAUCAGAAAAAUGCAUCCUAUAAGACCAUAAAGAGAGAGAGUUUCUUGAAGCUUUUUAUAAGGAAUUAAAAAACUUUUGCCAUUACUUUUAGACUUACUCAAAAUAAUUAACAAAUUGUAUGAUCUAAUUUAUUUAGAUUCAAACACUUGAUAAAAUUCUUAUUUAUGAAGCACCAGGCGAUGUUCCACAUGAUAUGAAAUAUAAAACAACAUUUAAAAUCAAUAAAAAUAUUGAAUGUAGUUCAAUGAUUGUAACAUCAUCAUAUAUAAUAACAUGUCAAGAUAAACGUUUACAUUGUUUUAAUUUUUCUGGUGAAGAAAUACGUGUUUGGCAAAUGGAUAGUCCUAUACGUUAUUUAAAAUUAAUCGGUGGUCCAUCAGAUUAUGAAUCUGUAUUACUUGGAUUAAAAAAUGGUGGUGUUUAUCAAGUAUUUGUUAAUAAUCCAUUUCCUCAAUUGUUAGCUAAACAAAAUGGUGUUAUAUUUUGUGUUGAUAUGAAUAUAAAUCGUACUAAAGUUGCAAUUAUUGAUGAUACAUUAACACUUUAUGUUUAUAAUGUUCGAACGAAAGAAUUACUUUAUCAAGAACCAAAUGCACAAACAGUUGCAUGGAAUAUUUCAUUUCCUGAUAUGCUUGCAUUUUCAGGAGAUGGUUUUAUUAAUAUAAAAGUAGCAGAUUUUCCAGUAUACAGACAAAAUUUACAAGGUCUUAUUGUUGGUUUUAAUGGUUGUACGAUAUAUUUAUUACAUUUAUGUGCUAUGAGUGGUAUAACUGUUCCAGUUACAGAUGCUGUUUAUCGUUAUAUAGGAAAGAAACAACUUGAUAAUGCAUAUCGAUUAGCAUGUUUGGGUGAAACAAGUAAAACAUGGGAAGCAUUAGGACAUGCUUGUUUAGAACAAGGACAAUUUAAUCUAGCAAAAAAAUGUUUUAGUCGUAUAAGAGAUGUGAAAUAUUUAAAUUUAUUAGCAAAUUAUGAAGAAGCAACAAAACGUGGUGAAAAUAAAAUGAAUAUUAAUCUUGGUGAUUAUUAUGCAUAUGGUGGUCGAUUUCAAGAUGCAGCAAGAAAUUAUCAACAUGGUGGAGCACCUGAACGAGCAAUGACUAUGUUUUCUGAUUUACGAAUGUUUGAUCAAGCUAAAGUAAGUUUGAAAAGAAAAUAA